UAACCUAAGAGCACAAACAAGGAGAAAUAAAGCCGUUGCUUUGGUCUAAUUUGGUUUUCGCGAUACAAGCCGACAGGUCGGCGUCUGGACUCGCAAGUUUCUACGCUGUGACCUGCCAAGUGGUUUUUGGUUUGGUACAUUUGAGAGUAAACCUGCGCGGUGGGUCGCGUCUUUUGGAGAGGACGAUGUUCUUCAUAUUUGAGAGCGACGGGAGCGCGCGAGUCGGCGUCGCUCGCGGGGAAUGACGCUUCAGACUUUGACCAAGUGUUAUCAAGUUAAUUACCUGAUGGACUAAAUGAAGAAUGCCGCACGUUUGGGAGUUAAUUCUGAUUCUCAACAUUAAUGUCGUCUUUGUAGAAGCACAGCCAGUGUCAUCAAAGCUGCACGAUGGUUGGUGGGCAUACAAAGAUGUUGUCCAGGGGAGCUUUAUACCAGUGCCAUCUUUCUGGGGACUAGUUAACACUGCCUGGAACCUGUGCUCGAUUGGGAAGAGACAGUCGCCGGUCAACAUCGAAACCAGUCGAAUGAUUUUUGACCCCUUCCUCAAUCCGCUACGGCUCAAUGCAGGGCAACGUAAGUUCAGUGGAACGAUGUAUAACACGGGCCGACAUGUGUCCCUGCGCCCAGACAAGUCACACCUGGUGAACAUCUCUGGCGGGCCGCUGAGCUACAGCUACAGGCUGGAAGAGAUCCGGCUUCACUUUGGCGCCGAGGACAGUCGGGGCUCCGAGCACCUGCUCAACGGCCAGGCCUUCCCUGGAGAGGUGCAGCUCAUCCAUUAUAAUCAGGAUUUGUAUUUAAAUUACAGUGAUGCCGUCCGGAGUCCUAAUGGAAUAGCAGUUGUUUCUAUCUUCAUGAAGAUUUCAGAGCCUACAAAUGUAUUUCUAAACCGCAUGCUGAACAGAGAGACCAUUACGAGGAUUACAUAUAAACAUGAUGCCUACUUACUGAUGGGGCUCGAUAUUGAGGAGCUGUAUCCCGAAACCUCCCGUUUUAUCACAUAUGAAGGGUCGAUAACUAUUCCACCGUGCCUUGAGACAGCAACCUGGAUAUUAAUGAAUAAGCCAAUUUACAUCUCACAGAUAGAGAUGCAGUCCCUUCGUCUCCUCAGCCUAAACCAGCCCUCUCAGAUCUUCCUCAGUAUGGGUGACAACAUGCGGCCGACGCAGCCACUGCACCAGCGCUGCAUCCGCACCAACAUCAACUUCAGUCAGAGACGGGACUGUCCUAACAACCGUGUGCUGAGGCUGCAAUACAGAGUGAAUGAAUGGCUUCUGAAAUAACAGCUUGACGUGGAUUAGUUACUACAACAAUCUGGUAACCGCUGAAGAAUAUGGCCAACAGACAGAAAAAUGGGAUACAUACAAUGAGAUGAAGAAAACAGAGGACUCUUCAAUAAAAAAAAUAUACAAUUACUUUUAUACUUGUUUAUAUGUUUAUAACAAUAUAUAUCAAAGCAGUUGCUUAGUCUAUUCAAUCAGACAGGACUGGUUCUCAGUGACACUGGGUCUUGAGGUACUGUCUGCUCUCGUUCUUUGCAUCUGAACAGCAGGUGCACUCAAGCCUUGUUGCAGCGAAUGGAAAACUACCUUUGCUCUAUGCACAAGGAUUUCAUCUUUACUUUGACAUGAGGCAAACAAAAGGAUUUCAAGCCUAUAUCUUGGACUAUUCGGAGCAUGUUGCCUUCUUUACGUAAGUGUUUACAGUGCUAAAUGAAUUGAGUGAUAUCUGCCCAAUAAAUCUUUGA